ACAUGAGCAGAUCUGCAACACAAUCAGCUGUUUGCAGUGGUGUGUUGGUCAGAGCUGCUGUGAGGAGUCGACCUGUGUGAUCAGGUAUCCCCAAGUGUCCCUGCAGCUGCAGCCGCUCCUCCCACUCGGCCCUGUCAUCGGUCCAGGAGAAACAUCCUCCUCUCUGCUCCUCUGGCUGACUUUUCACAGUCCGAUGCCCCGACAGGACUCAGCAGUCAUGGCCGGCAGUCUGACCCACCACGGCUCCCCGAACCCCGGCUACAGCCCCAACAACGCGGUCCCGGUGCCGGUCAUCACGCAGACGGACUCCAGGGACAAAUGGAGCAAAAAGAUGGAUUUCCUCCUCUCUGUUGUCGGCUUUGCGGUGGACCUGGGAAAUGUUUGGAGGUUUCCCUACAUAUGUUACCAGAACGGGGGCGGUGCUUUCCUCAUCCCCUACAUUUUGAUGGCCAUCUUCGGUGGCGUGCCGCUCUUUUACAUGGAGCUGGCACUGGGCCAGUACCACAGAACCGGAGCCAUUUCCAUAUGGAAACACAUCUGCCCCAUUUUCAAAGGUAUAGGAUACGCCAUCUGCAUCAUCGCUCUGUAUGUGUCCUUCUACUACAACACCAUCAUCGCCUGGGCCCUCUUCUACUUCUACUCCUCCUUCUCCACCAUCCUGCCCUGGACAAACUGCGACAACGUGUGGAACACCCCCGACUGCACCAACUAUUUUGGCAUAGACAACGUCACCUGGACGAAUUCCUCCAGGUCUCCCGCAGAGGAAUUUUACACGAGGAACGUUUUGGAGAUCCACAAGGCGUCAGGGCUGAGAAACGUCGGGGGAGUUCGCUGGCAGCUGAUGCUCUGCCUCUUUCUCAUUUUCACCAUCGUGUACUUCAGCCUCUGGAAGGGCGUGAAGACUUCCGGGAAGGUCGUGUGGGUGACCGCCACGUUGCCCUACAUUGUGCUUUUCAUCCUCCUGAUCCGAGGCGCCACCCUGCCGGGAGCCUGGAGAGGUGUGGUGUUUUACCUGAAACCUCAGUGGGGGAAACUGCUGGAGACCAGUGUGUGGGUGGAUGCUGCAGCUCAGAUCUUCUUCUCUCUGGGACCCGGGUUCGGGGUGCUCCUGGCUCUCUCCAGCUACAACCCUUUCACAAAUAACUGCUACCGCGACGCCAUCGUGACCAGUUUAGUGAACUGUCUGACCAGCUUCGUGUCGGGCUUCGUCAUCUUCACAGUUCUGGGCUACAUGGCAGAGAUGAGGAAGGUGGAGGUUGAGGACGUGGCCAGAGAUAAAGGACCAAGUUUACUCUUCAUCACGUACCCAGAGGCCAUCGCGAACAUGAUGGGCUCCACCUUCUUUGCAAUCAUCUUUUUUGUGAUGAUGAUCACGCUGGGACUGGACUCCACGUUUGGCGGGCUGGAGGCGAUCAUCACUGCCGUGCUGGACGAAUAUCCGGAUCAAUUAUCUCACAGACGUGAACUUUUCGUGCUGGGCUUGGUAAUUGUCUGCUUCUUGGGCUCUCUCAGCACCCUCACCAAUGGUGGUGCCUACGUAGUGAAGCUGCUGGAGGAGUUUGGAGUCGGGUGCUCCAUCAUAGCUGUGGGUUUCCUCGAGGCCAUCGCGGUUUCCUGGUUCUACGGUAUCAACAGGUUCAGCAAUGAUGUCCAGGCCAUGCUGGGAAAAGCUCCAGGACUGUUCUGGAGGGUGUGCUGGGUCGCCAUCAGUCCAGCGUUUCUAGCGUAUAUCAUAGUGAGCUCCUUCCUGAAAGCGCCUCCCCUCACGCUGUUCGACUAUAAGUACCCCGACUGGAGCAUCACCGUGGGGUACAUCAUCGGCUUCUCGUCCUUCAUGUGGAUCCCCAUCUACAUGGUCUACAAGCUGGUGUGGACUCCCGGAUCUCUCAAGCAGAGGUUGGCGGUGUGUCUCAGGCCAGAGAGGACCAUACCGGACAUCCACGCCGACAGCCUCAACAUGGCCGCCGUGCCGUAGGAAGAAACAGCCUCGCUAAACACAUGAUGAAAUAUUCCCUGCUUGUAGUUUUAUUUUUAUUUUUAUUUAUUUAUUCUUUUUUAAUUCAAGCCACAGUUUUAAGAUAUUUGUGAGGAAACCUGAACAUUAUCUGACAUCAUGACUGUUACCUGAUGUUGAACACGUAAACUCGGUAAAUUAAAGGAAAAAUGCUGCUAAAUUUGUAACUACAAGAGGAGCUGAGAGAGCAAUACAACCUUUUCCGCAUCACCAUCUUUAAAUGUUUGUGUGGUCAUAUUUAUAUAAUGUCUGCUUCCCCCCCAUUAAUCUGCUGUCGUCGUGUCAUAGGGAUCACAUGCCAAGGAAAAUAAAAAACGUUCAGCAGCUAUCGCAUGGCGCCGUUUUCUCUUGUUAGGUUUGAUAUUUUCUGUGGUGUGUGACGGUUAGAUAACAUCAGCUUACAGCAACAGUGGAAAACACUAACAAUGCGCUUGGAGCAUCAGUGAGGUUGACACUGUUUUUCCCCUCUUGAAUUAAUAAUGGCAGCAGUGUUUUGCAUGUUCUUGUAAUAAUAAUAAUUUUUAAAAAAGCUUUAUUCAGCUGGCUUUUUAUCCAUUCAGUGGACUAAAGGCUAAUGUUUUUCACCAACUGUACCAGCUUUGCAUCUUAAAAACCAAUCUAAGAAAACACAAAAUGAGUCCACACAGCUCGUCCGGCGUAAUCCAAGACCUGAGAUCCCAAAAAUUUGAAAAUAAAACAUUUUGCACCCUUUAUGAAGCUGAAAACUUCCCUGUCACUACUGAGCUAAAAGCUCAUCCUGUCAGACAUGGGUGCUCAAUCUUGACUCAGGUCGAGGGUGUAAAUAAAGUCUUUUAACAUUUUUAAAAUAAAGACUUAUGUUUUGAAAGAAAUCCACAUUUUAUCAAGUUGUUCAGGAAAAUGCUUCAAUGUUGUUUUUCACUGUGAAGCUCCAGAAAUGUUGCCCGACUUUCUAUCAGCACAUCAGUAGAAUAAUAACUUCAUUUUUUAUUUCUGGGUGAACAAAACUGACAGUAAACUAAAGUCCCUUUCUUUCUUUUUCUUUUUUUUUUUUUUUGUCAAUGCUGUAUUUUAAUAUUUAUGGAGUAUUUCUGUACUGUAACAAAGUGCUUGUAUAGGAUUUCAUGCCAGCUGCUCGAUCUAUCUGCUAAAAAGAAAUGCUGUUUUUUUUCCCCCCCACAAGUGUUUGUAAUGGAGACGAGUGAGACGCUCAGACAAAGACCACAUCAGGUCAUUGCAUGUUUCCAGAAAAAAAAAAAAAGACUUUCUUGUAUUGUUUUUACUAUCGUAGCCUGUGUACUUUGUAGUAUAUCGGCUCUUUGGUCUUCGUCUGACGGCUUCAUUCAGCUCCAGAUUGCCUGUUUUGCCUUAAUCUGCCUAAAUAUUACACUGUUUGUACAAAAAAAGAAAAAAAUUGUAAAGGUUGUAUUGAUAUUGUGCCUCUCCAAUGUUUUCACUUUCUAAAUUCUAAGACUGUUCAAUUUCUUUUUCGUGCAGACACACACAGCAUUAUACCACUCGUGUCUUUACCAAACGUGUCAUCUAAAAAAAAAAAGAAAAGCGCUUUAUAACUUCAUGUCAAGAGAUUUAAUUGUGAUGAGCAAGGUGACGAUUGUUGUGUGAUCUACAUUCCUUUUUAAACCUUUAUUUCCUGUACUAGUCAGAUGUGUAUAAAUGUAUUAUAGUACACAUCA